UUCGCAUCCAUUUCUGUUCAACUGCAAACAUUCUCCUAAACUUGGGUCACUUCCUCACACUUCUCUCUCUCUCUCUCCCCAAACCUAAUUCACAUUCCAAUUUGGUGGAAUUUUUUGUAAAUCUUCGGUGAAUCAGUAACAAUUUUGUUGGAUCAUUGCCAAAAUUAUCUGUAAAUCGAAGUUUGGGGCGAGUUUUUCCAAGAUCAGGUGAGAAAUUGGCUGGAGUUUUGUUUGAAGAUUUUAAUUUGGGGGCGAAGUUGAUGAUAGGCCAAAGGAUUCUGGAUUGGACUCAUCUAUGGAGACUAUGCGGAUGAUUGGGACAAGUAGGUUUAUCCGUUGGCUACCCGCGAUUUGUUUCAGAUGGAAUGGCAGAUCCUGCUAGUUAUGGAACCCCUGUCCGAGAUAUUGACCAGGCACUCAUUGCUUUAAAGAAAGGUACACAGCUAAUCAAGUAUAGUAGAAAGGGGAAGCCUAAGUUUUGCCCAUUCAGACUUUCUCCGGAUGAAACAACAUUAAUUUGGUACUCCCGUGGAGAAGAAAGGAAUCUGAAGUUAUCUUCUGUUUCACGGAUUAUUCCUGGGCAGAGAACUCCUGUUUUUAAAAGAUUUUUGCGCCCAGAGAAGGAAUACUUGUCAUUUUCACUUAUCUAUAAUAACGGCGAAAGAUCUCUUGAUCUGAUCUGCAAGGAUAAAUUUGAAUCGGAGGCUUGGCUUGCUGGCCUGAAAGCUUUAAUUUCAACUGGGCAACCUCGUAGCAGACGUGUUCAAAGUGACAUUUCCGACUUAUAUGGUAUUGGUGAUUUCCCUCAAGACAGCCGUCCAUUUGGUGCACCACUAGAAUUUACUCCUGGUCCUUACAGCAGUAGAAUUUCUGCUGAUUUUAACUCUAUUGAUUAUCCUUUGAAUAUUACAAGCUCAGAUGUGGGGUCUGAAUCUGCAAAUAUGCAAAUAAGAACGAGCAGUACAGAUGGUUUCCGAAUUAGUGUCUCGAGUGCUCCUAGUUGUUCUAGUCAAGGUUCUGGACCAGAUGACAUAGAAUCAUUAGGAGAUGUGUAUGUCUGGGGAGAGAUUUGGUCUGAUGGAGGACCGAUAGAUGGAAAUGGGUGUACAAUUCCCAUAAAAAAUGAAGCACUGACUCCUAGACCCUUGGAGUCAAAUGUAGUUCUUGAUGUGCUUCAAAUUUCUUGUGGCGUUCGGCAUGUUGCUCUUGUUACAAGACAAGGUGAGGUUUUCACAUGGGGAGAGGAAUGUGGAGGCAGACUUGGUCAUGGAAUAGAGAAGGAUUUCAGUCGUCCUCAACUCGUCGAAUUUUUAGCAGUUACGAAUGUUGAAUUUGUUGCAUGCGGCGAGUUUCAUACAUGUGCAGUCUCCACAUCUGGUGAUUUAUAUACCUGGGGUGACGGGAUCCAAAAUGCUGGACUUCUAGGGCAUGGCAAUAAUGUUAGCCACUGGUUACCAAAAAGAGUUUCUGGACCUCUAGAAGGCCAGCAAGUUUUAUCAAUUGCAUGUGGUGGCUGGCAUUCAGCAUUGGUAACUUCUACAGGAAGAUUAUUUACAUUUGGUGAUGGCUUGUUUGGAGCUUUAGGCCAUGGUGAUCGGGAAAGUGUUACAUGUCCCAGGGAGGUUCAAUCUUUGAACGGAUUAAAGACUAUUACUGUUGCCUGUGGGGUGUGGCAUACGGCUGCUAUUAUAGACGUUACAAACCAGUCGGGUUCAAAUGUUAUGUCUGGGAAGUUAUUCACCUGGGGUGAUGGUGAUAAAUAUCGUCUGGGACAUGGGAACAAGGAAACUUAUCUACUCCCAACCUGCGUGUCUGCUCUUAUUGAUUACAACGUCCACCAGCUAGCAUGUGGACACCAUAUAACUGUUGCCUUAACGACAUCUGGUCAUGUCUUUACUAUGGGUAGUAAUACAUAUGGUCAGCUCGGAAAUCCACAAUCUGAUGGAAGAUCACCUGCCCUGGUUCAGGAUAAAUUGGUCGGGGAGUUUGUCGAACAAAUAGCUUGUGGAGCACAUCACGUUGCUGUCCUCACUUCAAGAAGUGAAGUGUUUACCUGGGGAAGAGGUGCCAACGGAAGAUUGGGACAUGGAGAUUUGGAUGAUUGUGAUGUUCCAAAAUUGGUUGAAGCUCUAAAAGACAGGCAUAUAAAGAAUAUAGCAUGUGGAUCGAGCUACACAGCAAGUAUUUGCAUUCAUAAGUGGGUUUCUGGUGCAGAUCAAUCAGUUUGCACUGGUUGCAGGCAAGCAUUUGGUUUUACCCGAAAAAGACAUCACUGUUAUAACUGUGGAUUAGUCCAUUGUCAUGCUUGCAGUUCAAAAAAGGCACUUCGUGCAGCACUGGCUCCUACUCCCGGAAAACCACAUCGAGUGUGUGACCCUUGCUAUUUGAAACUUAAAAAGGCUGCAGAGCCUGGAAAAUUCGGGACUAUUAAUCGAAGAAUGAGUUCCCCUCAUCAUCCAAUAGAUUAUAGUAGCAGGGUAGACCGGGAAGACAGAAGGAGUUCCAGAAUUUUGCUCUCUCCAAAUAUGGAACCUGUCAAGUACCUUGAAAUUAAAUCUGGGAAGCCUGGAAACAAAUAUGAUUCUUAUUCCAUUGUGCGUGCUUCGCAAGUUCCAUCACUUCUACAGCUAAAAGAUAUUGCUUUCCCAAGUUCAUUUAGCGCCAUUCAGUAUGCAUUAAAUCCUGUUGCAACAUCAGCACCACAGCAUCUGAUGCCUCAGCGACAAUCUCAGUCCAACUCAAGACCUGCUUCACCAUACUCAAGAAGACCAAGUCCUCCACACUCUGCUGCCCCAGUGCUUUCGAGGGGUGUCAUUGAUAGUUUAAAGAAGACCAACGAUCUUUUGAACCAAGAAGUUUCCAAACUUCAAAACCAGGUUAAGAGUCUAAAGCAAAAAAGAGAGGUCCAAGACAUGGAAAUUCUGAAGUUGAAGAAGACUGCCCAAGAAGCUGCUUCAUUGGCUGCAGAAAGAUCUUCCAAAUGUAAAAUUGCAAUGCAAGCCAUCAAGACCAUCACAGUACAAUUAAAUGAAAUUACGGAUAAAAUGCCUCCGGAGAUUUGUGAGAGUGAAUCAUUUAAAGAGAUGCAUUCUCAAAUCGAAGCUUUUCUUGACACCAUUCAAACUCAAGCAUCUGAAGAUAGUUCGGCUAUGCCACCAGAGUCGACAUUGGAAGAUCACAAUGAUGCUGCACAGAUUCAGGACACGUCACAGAGUGUUGAUGGAACUCAACAGGAAAGCAGUGGAUCAUCUGUUUCUGACACAAAAGGUGUAAAUCAUCCAAGUACGGAAGGUGUCUCUGGGAUGCCUGAAGCUGCUAGAAGGGAGGGAAGAAAGGAAGUAAUUGAACAAUUUGAACCAGGUGUUUAUGUUACACUCAUUCUACUUGCAGAUGGAACCAAGAUAUUCAAGAGGGUUAGGUUCAGCAAGCGAAGGUUUGCCGAGCAGCAGGCAGAAGAAUGGUGGAGAGAAAACAAAGAUAGGCUGCUUAGAAAGUACAGUCCACCGCCAAGAGUAAAUAGUGUACAAGCAGAUGUAACUGCAGCUGAACCACCGGCUGAGGAAAAUAACUCAACUUCACAAUCUUCAUAGAACUGAUUAAUUUUGUUAGGUUUAUUUACUUUUUUUGAUGCAGGGAGGAAUUACUUAGCUAGGUAGAAUGUCUAGCCUGCAUUUAGAGUUCACAACCUUGUAGAACCAUCAUAUUUUCCUUUUCCUGCAUAUGAUUGAAUUUUUGUGGAAAAAGAUUUAGAAGGGAAUUAACUUUUAUUUA